AUGCCGAUAUUUAGCAGCUCUCGAUCAAGGGGCUACAACUCUGGUGGGCCUGUUGAGGGCCCACAACCCACGGCGAGAGGGGUCAAACUUGAUCAAGUAUAUCCUCCAUCUGGAAGUGAUGUGGAGACCGAGGUCGACAUAAUUGCCAUCCAUGGGCUGGACACGAAGUCGCCGGACACUUGGACAUGGAAGAAAGAUGGGGUCAGCGUCAACUGGCUGAAAGACUCGAACAUGCUCCCCGAAAAAGUCCCAGGGGCACGGAUCUUCACGUGUGAUUGGCCAAGUGAACUUCUUGAACACGGAAACUUUGUUCAAAAGACAAUAGAGGAGUUUGCUCUCUUGAUGCUCGAUGGUAUCAAAAGUCGAGAGACUUCCAUGCCCCAGUUACAAGAGUCCGAAAGACCCAUAAUCUUUGUGGCAUCAUGCCUGGGAGGGGUGAUUCUGAUGAAAACACUUGCCAUGAAUACCGAGAGGUUUGAGUGCGUGAAGAAAGUAACCAGAGGAUUUGUCUUCCUUGCCACUCCAUUUCGUGGAACGUCCUUUGAGGAUGUGGUGUUUUGGGCUAAGCCGGGUCUCAGAGUUCGGGGUGUCUUUGGAGGUAAAAGGCCAUCAAACCUCAUGAAUUAUGUGAUGCCCGUGAAAGAUCUCGAACUUCUUGUUCGUCAGUUCAGCUCUUUCUGUGAGCGCCAACGCCUCACCAAUGACUUGUUCACGUUCUACGAAACGGGAGACACGAGCCUCCCUCGAAAGGCAAUUCCAUUCAUUCCUAGGGCACUUGCAAAAGUCAAACCGUUAGUCAAUUCUUCAUCGGCCACGCUUGACUUUGCCAAGGACCCAAUGCCCAUCGACCGACCACACGUUCUAGUUAACAAAUUCGAAGGGCCUGAUGAUCCAGAGUACGCUAAAGUCUCUAGAGCGGUGCAAGAACUUGUCAACAGAGCUCGCCACGGCCGUCAUGACCGUUUGAUCGAGAGAGCUAAGGCAUGGAUUCAAGACAAUCGCUAUUCCUUACCAAAUCUCGAGAUCAAAAGGCUUUCAGGUGACCUGUUACCAAUGAACCAAUGCUAUAUCAACCUGGCCCUUGUUGAGCGACAAGAAAACAUGAGCCAGUCAGGGAAUUCCAAAGCGGCAGCUGAAUACUCGCCGUUAUCUCUCCAAGCUCGUUUAAAUCUCUUUGCUCCGAGGGAGGAGGUCGAAAUCUAUCUACAGGAUAUUUUCAACCCCCGCAUGACAGACGCUGGCCAAGAAGUGAUGCCACGCCGAAUUUUGAUCCACGGUCGAGCAGGCGUUGGCAAGACAACUCUUUGCAAGAAAGUGGUCUACGAAUUUACCUACGGACAAAUGUGGCAUGGUCUAUUCGAGCAUCUGAUCUGGAUUCCGUUGCGCAAGCUGAAGCGCAAAGAGAGGGAAAAAGGCGGAUACGACUUUGGAGAUCUGUUUCGUCAUGAGCUUUUCUCCAAUAUUUCUAGCCCCGAUAAGGAGGAUUUAUCCAGAGCUUUGUGGGACUCAUUCCGGGGCAACCAGAGCAAAAAGAUCUUGUUUCUCUUAGACGGCUUGGACGAAGUCUCUCGGGACGUAAGUGGUGAUAUGCGAGACUUCCUUCGGCAGCUCUUGAACCAGCCAUAUGUCAUUAUCACAUCCCGCCCCAACGCAACAUCCACAGAUGUGUUACAGCAGCCUUUUGAUCUUGAACUGGAGACAAUUGGGUUUCAUCCGGAGCAAGUGACUUCUUACAUUGAGACGGUAUUCACCGAUCAUCACACAGGGCAAGUGGAUUCGAAAGCAGUGAAGAGCAUUGGAGACUUUCUUGAAAGCCGCCAGCUCAUGCAAGACCUUGUGCGAAUUCCCAUUCAGCUUGACGCCCUCUGCUACACCUGGCAUAGUUUCGCUGCACAGGCCAAGCGUGGCAACUCUCUAGAAACCAUGACAGGGGUUUAUGAAGCCAUGGAGAUAAGCCUCUGGAAAAAGGAUCUCGUGAAUCUUGGCAAGAGCACGGAGGGAGAGGUCGAAGGAAUCUCAACAAUAGCGACCAGAAAACGUCUAGAGUCCGAGAUCGAGGCGGUCCAGCUGGUUGCUUUUACUGGAAUGUAUAGCAACAUAAUCGACUUCGAACCACAUCAUCGAGAUGCCAUUUUCGAACACGUCGCUCCUAGUUGCUCGGACGAUCGAUGGCUCGAAAGGGUUUCCUUUCUGCGAACAUCCGACUCAUCAAGUGACCAACGCAGUCGAGUCUACCAUUUCCUUCACUUGACCUUCCAAGAGUAUUUUGCCGCCCAAUAUUUUGUGCGCAAGUGGAGGGCGAGAGAAGAGCUUGAAUUCCCAAACCUGACCAGCGGGAAGUUUGAACGCAUUUCACCACCCGAAUUCCUUGGCAUUAACAAAUACAACACUCGCUAUGAUAUCGUAUGGCGUUUUGUUGCCGGGCUGCUUGGCUUGAACCGGGAUCCGAACGAGCCAGAGAAAUUCUUUAGGGCCCUGGAUCAGAAACCACUUGAUCUAUUAGGUAUUGCCCACCAACGACUUCUCAUUCAUUGCUUGAGUGAGGUUCAACAUGAAUUCUCACUGAGGAGGGAAAUUCAACGCCAUCUGUCAAAUUGGCUGGUCUUUCAAUGCAACGUGAUUCUAGAACAGAAUCCAAGCUUACCCCGAGAGUCGAUAGUGACCUUGGCGAGUGAGAGUGAAUUUCCUGAGAGAGCUUUAAUCGAUCUUCAAGAAGAAAACGAUGAAAACGUAAUGACAGUUGCAUUACUUUCGAUGAGAAAGCAUCAUCGGAUUCAACCUCAAAUCAUGGACCUUGCAAUUUCAAUGCUCCAGCAAACAAAGUCCAGUAUGGUAAUUGUUUCCAUGUUCAUGCUGCUGAGAAGAAAAAGAGACAAAUUCUCAGAAGAUAGUCUCCAGAGUAUGCUCUUGCAUCUUUGGAACCCACACCAAGCGAUAAAACUAUCUGCAGCUGAAACGUUGCGCGGAUUGCAUUUACCAGAAACAAUUUGCCGCCGAAUCAUUAAGACGAGCACUGUGAGAAAAGCAAAUCGCCUCUUUGAGGGUAUUGAAGCCACUGUCCUUAGUGACCAGGCACUGUCAACGGAAACGCUGAAUGAUCUUGUCGCAAAUCUCGUGAAUCCCGACAAGGAUGUCAGACAGGUUGCAAGCCACUUUUUGAGCCACCGAUCUGACUUUCCACCGGAGAUUGUCACCUCAAUAACACAAAAUAUUGGACUUCGGGACAGUGAUGUCAAAUGGUGCUCUAUCAACGCCCUGCGUGGGCAGUCACGCUCCCUUGGAAGGUUCAGUGAGGUGCUGUGGACUGAAGUAUAUGGGGGCUCCAAGAAGGUUUCAGGCCGUGCCAUUGAAAUUUUGUAUGAGCUUUCAGAUUCUCCAGAGAAUGUUCUUGAUCGAAUCAUGGAUCAUCUUGGUCUCCCCAAAAUACGCAUGUCUUGGAACACACUCAAGAUCUAUUCCAAACGGUCAACGAUAUCCGAAAAAGCCCGCAAAGUCCUACAAAAACACCUUCAGUCGUCAGACUAUGGGUUAAGAUGCGCAGUCAUCGAUAUCCUAGCCGGACAGCCCGACCUGUCGGUUGAAAUUCUGAAAGAGUUAAUAGACCAACUUGAAACCGACAAUGAGACGGUGAUAAAGGCGACCGUCAAUGCCAUAAGUUGUCAGUCAUCCCUACCAGUUGAGAUCGAUCUUGAGAUAGCAGAGAGAUUUGACCAAGGCAAGCUUCCAAUCAAGACUUUCUUGCAAAUCUUCGAAAACCAGUCCAACUCGCCGGAGAGAGUACUUGGCCAGAUUGCAGCUCAUAUAUCGGGUGAUAAAGACCAUUCUAUCAGAGCAGCCGCUAUUCGCGCCCUGGGUAGGCAGUCAUAUCUAUCGGAGACGCCAGAAAUCAUUCAAAAGAUGAUCCCACGCAUUCAUGACGAAGAUGCAGCAGUGAGAGUAGCAGCUAUCCGAGCAGUCGGCCUUGGUCGCCCAUCGAUGUCAGAUGCAACCCUGGGCGAAAUUAUGAGACAUUCGAAUGACACCAACGACAAGGUCAGACAAGCUGUUGUUCAAGUCCUCGGCGAAAGGAAAACAUUAUCCCUUGAUGAAUUCCACAAGAUGGUAGAACUGGCCAACGAUCCGGACGAACAAGUUCAAUGGGCUACUCACAAGCUUUUUGCCUACAAUCCAUCUUGGCCGGGAGUAAUCCGUCACACAAUAGCGUCUGAAGUGUAUGGGCAUUUCCUCUUUAACAAAGGUGUCUCAUUCAAUUGGAUGUUCUCCAGGCUAGCGAAGCGAGAAGAGUUUCAUCUGCUUUUCCUCCUGGGUGGUCUUGCCAAACAGCAUUUGCGGAAGCUGCUAUUGCGAACAUCCAGGAUGCACCUAGCGUGGUUUAUCAAAAACGACGAGUCAUAUCUUGAAAGAAGCGAUGGUUCGGACGAUCCGGUCCCGUGCGUUGGGGCUGAUAUAGAACAAGGGAUGAUAUCAGCGUGGAGAGAAGCUGGGCUUCCGCCUGUGGCGGUAUCGUAUUCCUAA